CCUGACGGUGGUUUGCUAACUGGCAACAGUGCAACCCAUAUCACCUUUACUAUCCUUUCAUCUUCGUUUUCUUCACUAUUCUCUCAUUUUCAUCUGAUUUUCUUUUCUGACUACUUUUUUUUCCUUCCUUUUCCCAAUUCUUAGAUUCUCCAAGAGAAUCGAAUGUUACAUGCAUUUGAAUAAAAUUAUAAAAAGGGAAGAAAAUGAAAGACGCCAAGAAAGAUUCAGAGAUAGUAUGGAAUCAGAUUCAGAUGAGAAGCCCAUCGGGAAAUCCUCUUGUUUUUGGACACUCGACCCGACCCAUUCCCAAGCUCAUGGUCUGGUUAAUCCUCUUCGUUUCAAUUACCUAUGUUAUCUACACUCUCGAGCUCUUAACAGCCUCACUUCACCUUGCCUCCGGCGAUUUCCCCUUCACUUCAUCUCUUCAAUGGCGUUCGUUGACACCGUCGUUUCUCAAUCAAUCGGCUGAUUCGAAGUCACUCAUUCAACUCCAUCGGAAUGUUCGAGAAAAACUGGUGUCGGCAGUACAAAUUCAACAGGCUCCGAACCAGCCGAGGCCGACGGAAAUCCACGACAUCGUUUUCGGAAUUGCAGCUUCUUCCAAGCUAUGGCAGCAGAGGAAAGAGUACAUCAAGAUUUGGUUCAAGCCGAACAAAAUGCGGGGCGUUGUUUGGCUCGACGAUCGGGUGAAAUACACUCCCGAAGACAAGCGGACCCUUCCACCGGUUCGUGUCUCGAGCGACACUUCCAACUUCGCUUACACGAACCGGCAAGGUCACCGGUCCGCGAUUCGUAUCUCGCGGAUCGUGACGGAGACAUUGAGGUUGAAGAUGGAUAACGUGAGGUGGUUCGUGAUGGGUGACGACGACACCGUGUUUAUAGCCGAAAAUCUGGUUAGGAUUUUGAGGAAAUAUGACCAUACGCAGUAUUAUUACAUUGGGAGCUUGUCGGAAUCUCACCUUCAGAACAUAUAUUUCUCCUACGGAAUGGCUUACGGCGGUGGAGGCUUUGCCAUUAGCUAUCCAUUGGCUAAAGCUUUGGUGAAGAUGCAAGACCGUUGUAUUCAGAGGUACCCAGGAUUGUACGGAUCAGAUGACAGAAUGCAGGCUUGUAUGGCUGAACUCGGUGUCCCACUCACUAAGGAACUCGGCUUCCACCAGUAUGACGUGUAUGGGAACUUGUUUGGACUCCUUGCUGCACAUCCCGUAACGCCAUUGGUGUCACUGCAUCACCUUGAUGUCGUGGAGCCUAUUUUCCCCAACGUUACCCGAGUUGAAGCCCUUGAGCGGCUUAUGUUGCCUGCAAAGCUGGAUUCGGCUGGAAUCAUGCAGCAGUCCAUCUGCUAUGAUAAAAGCAAGAGUUGGACCGUUUCGGUUUCAUGGGGUUUCGCUGUUCAAGUCUUUAGAGGAAUCUUUUCACCACGGGAAAUGGAAAUGCCGUCGAGGACAUUUUUGAAUUGGUACAGAAGAGCAGACUACACGGCAUACGCAUUCAACACACGCCCAGUAAGCCGAAACCCAUGCCAAAAGCCAUUUGUGUUUUACAUGUCCAAGGUGAGGAUGGAUUCGGAAGUGAACCAAACCGUGAGCGAGUACGAGCGGCACCGUGUUCCUCAUCCUCCCUGCAGAUGGAAGAUGGCAGAUCCUAUUGCACUUGAAAUGGUGAUUGUGAACAAGAAACCAAACCCACAUCUGUGGGAUAGAUCGCCGAGAAGAAACUGUUGCAGAGUCAUGGAAUCAAAGAAAGCAGGAACCAUGGUGGUGAAUGUGGGUGUAUGUAAAGAUGGUGAGGUUACCGAAGUAUAGUAUAGUGAUCGAUAUCUCCCAAGUGUCCAAUAUUGUUUGUCUGCAAGAAUAGUGACAGUGUCAUCUGGGAAAGCAACAAAAUAUAUUUUGUAUAAUGUCACUCCUAUUUACUAGUUAAAUAUUAAUUUAAAUUUUUAUUGAAUAA